UGGACUGGACCUGGUCUUAAACUUAACUUCACAGAUAUUAUUAAGCUUGAUUCUAAUUAUCCUACAGAAGUCUUACAUAAGGAUUGUCUGGCGCUUUUAGAGAAAUGUGGAGAGAGUUGUUAUCGCUUAGUUACUUCACCUUUUUUGCUUCUAUUAGCAGAGGCACUUUUGGAGUCGUUAUUGCCUAUUUUUUCAACUGCAGGGUUGUGGCGCGCCCGUGCUUUUCUAUUUCAUCAAAGGAUGCUUGAGCAUAACGUUCAGAGUUUCCGUGAUAUUUAUUUUGGUCACAUGGAAAGCGCUGGAUCCAAAAGAUCCCGUGCAGAGCUUACAACCUUAUUAUCGCUGAAGUGCGUGUGUGCCUGUUACCAGUACAAUGACGUGACUGAGGCGCAGACUUUUCUCGAAAAAGCAAAAGCGUUAAAUGGCCUAAAUUUGAGGUUGACCGGGUUUCUCGGCAAACGUACCAAAUAUCAGUGCGCGCCACUCCCACAGCUCACGUUACUUGUGGAAAACAACAAGAGCUGCGUCCCUGAGGAACCUGGACACCGUCCGCAGGAUGUGGCUUUAGAGAGUGACACGCUGUAUUCCAGUAUUUGUUACGAGGAGGAAAUCCCGCACCAUUCUCUCGGCCUCUAUGACCAGCUUAUUGUCUUAGCUGCCUGUGUAAACGUAAAGAACACCAACCCAGUGCAUGGACUUACGGCUGAUGAGAUGUUUCCUUACGUUAAUCGAGUUUUAGAAGAAAAAAAUAACAAUAACUGGAUGAUUUGUGCAUUUGCACUACUACUGCGUCGCGACUGGAGGCUAAGCAUAUGAAAAAAGCAGAGCGAGCUGCGUUGCAGUUGCAGGUAUUAGUAGAUCAGUUUGAAGACACCAAGUACAGUGAUGGGCCUGUUUCAGAGCGCAUAAAGUUUAUCUAUGCCCUCGCCUUCCCGC